GUACGCAGUUCCUUGCACCGGGGGCAGGUGACCCGGUCAAAGAUCGUUCAGUCAGCUCACGCGCACAUGAUCCAUUGACACGAAAAAGGCGAAGUAAGUUUUGUUGAAAUAUGCCAUUAAUUUUAGCUAUUUCCAGAGCUAGAGCUAGAGGAAUCUCUAGUUUCAGUCAACGGAGCGCAAACUAACAUUACUUUUGCCGAGUCUUUGAAGCUGUUCCAACUACAUGAAUGUCAGGCGUCGCUCGAAUAGUUCUGCUGCAGCUUCCUCCCGUUCCUUAGUUCCUGUGUCAGGAAGUAGAAAGAUUGGAUUUUCGAUCAGCUGAGCAGAGUUGGGCAGUGCACCCCUAGCCCUUGUAAAAUUUCAUGCUAGUAUUACUCCAGUACUCACUGCCAGUAGUAAGUAUUCUGAAGCCGUCCUUCUAUUUGUAGCUGUCACGCAGUAGGAGCAGAAGGGAGAGUUCCCUCUCGGGCAAGUGCCACUAGAUUUCGAAGUCCUUGUGAAGUUUUCUAUUCGUGUCAAACGUAAAACGGAGCUCAUUGCGAGCAGAGCGGAGAGAAAGGAUGUCUCGAGCGGCAGGCCAGCCAUGCGGCAACUUCAAGGCGAAUCCUUUCCGUGCCAACAAGUGCAUGCACUGCUACCAAGAUAAGAAAGACCAUGUUCCCGGCCAGGGACCUGGAUCAGCGGGGAAUAGUCCUGCUACGAUGCGAUCGAGGCCUGCUGCAACAUCCGACCUGCCGAAAGGUUCGUCCAGAGUUGCGGCAGUGCAAGCGAGUGGUUUGUUCACCAAGCAGGGCGAAACGGCAAGUCCGCCUCUGUCAGCGAACAACAGCAGACCCACGAGUCGCCCUACCAGUACAAGCCCAUUGGGAAGCAAGCCGUUGCUUUCUCCAAAGCCUCUGCAGUCGCCGACAACCGGGCCAACUCUGGGUCAGCCGAUACGACGUACGAGUGAUACUGCCUUGAUGAAACCCUACGCAGCAUCGCAAGGUGUCAACAACGCUGGCCUUCGAUCGACAAACGUGAGAAAAACCUCCUCCAACUCAUCGUUUGUGAACUCCGCAAAAGAGCGCGAGGCAAGGAUGAGCGAGCGCAAGACGUCCAACGGGGACAGCAGCGCUGCAGAAAGGCUGCGUACGUCCUCCACCAGCAGCAAUGGCAGCAGUAGUUAUGGUCGUCGUCCUGAAUCAGCAACAACAACACCAAUGACAGCAGCAGCAAAGAACAUUGAUUCAGACAGCAGCAGCAGUAGCACGGAGUUGGACAACAAUGGAAGUGAGAGAAAAACUAGUGCCACCACAACAGCAGCAACAACUACUAAGACAGCCAGUGUGAACGAUGGCCGCGUCAAGGAACUGGAGGAACGAUGUCGGACGCUGGAGGCAGAACGGGACAGCGCCAACAAAGACACGGACAGUGUUCGUCGGGAACUGGACGCGGCGAAGAACGACGCUAACAAGCUGCGAUCGCAGCUGGCCAAGUCCGAAGACAGAGCGGCCGAAGAGCGACAGGCGCGAGAAGCGGCCGAAGCCGACCUCAAGCAAGCGCGCACGGACCUGGAGCGCGAGCAGCAACAGCAGAGCAAGACCAAGAGCAGCAGCAGCACCAGUGAAGCCGAGUUGGACGCAGAACGUGCCGUCAGCAAGUCCUUGCGUGCCGACAUGAACAAACUACGAGCAGACGUGCGGAAAGCCGAGCGUCGAGCGGACUCCGCCGAACAGGAAGCCAACGACAAUAACGAAGAGGCGCGGAAGCAGCGCCGCGAAGCGCAGUCACUUCGCCGUCAGCUGACUAAGGUCGAGGAACGUGCCGAGACCGUGCGUGAGGAACUGGAUGCGGCGCUAGCAGCUAAGUCAUCACAGAGCGGACGUGACAGCGAGCAAGUCACUACGCUGGAGAGGAAGGUCAAGUCCCUAGAAGACAAACUAGCAGCAGCGAAGGCCGAGGCGGCUGAUGUACGCGAGGAGAAAGAUGCAGACAAGGCUAAACAUGGCGAUCAAGUGGCCAAUAUGAAACAGGAGCUGAAGUCUGCACAGGACAAGGCAGAUGACCUAACCAAGGAACUGAAGCAGCAGCAGAGCGCGUCGAAAAGAGGCCAGGAAAGCGCCGAUGCUAAGCUAAAGGAGGACCUACAGGCUGCUGAAGACAGAGCCGAUGAGUUGUCGGUCAAGAUGGAGAAGGAACGGGGCCAGGCGCGCAAAGACAAGAUUGAACUGGAGGAGAAGCUGAGUAGCACGGCCAAACAACUGAAGGAUGCAAACAGCAAGGUUGACAACGUAACCAGGAAACUGGAAGCUGAGCGGGAUGAUCUUCGCAAAGAGCGUGAUCAGCUCAGUCUCAAACUGAAAGAGGCAGAGCGGCAGCGUACGGUGUCACCACCUAGGUCCAAUGGCAGCAGUACAGCCACUACACCAAGCAGUGAGAAAUCUGCACCGGCAAUCUCCGUCAAGCCCAAGCCAAAGGUAACAGGCAAGUCCCCCAGCCGCCCUUUGGGUGCCGGUAACCAGGCUAUCCUGGCCAAGCUAGGCGGCGCGGUAGCCAUGCCAGGUAUGCCAGGCAUGGGUGGCGGCGGUGGGCCGGGCCCCGGUGGUCGGCCUCGCGUCGAGAAGGAACACGACGACUCUAUCAAGAACGCUCCCAAAAUGAUCCCAGACCUUAAUGGCAAUUUCCUGCGUCCGAAGGGAGUCCACAACCGUCCACCCAGCAAGGUGUUCCGUCACAGUAUGGCCGAGCAAGCCGAGAACAACGAGUAUUUCUUCGACUCAAAGGAGAUGGGAAUUGGCUACCUGGAGGGCCACAGCACGCCCGACGGAGCUGAUUACAACGACGCGGAUGAGGAUGACGAGGCUGCACCGUCGGGAAAGGCUGAUGAUGCCGAUGAUGAUGAUAUGGAGAGUAUCCCGAUUGAGGCAUGAGAAUGUCACCGGGUGGCUGUCACCCGGAAUGGUCAUCGCCGCAGCCACUCUGCCACCUUCUCUGCCUCUGUUGUAUCAUAGGCAUAGAAGCAGUAGCUGUCUGCGUGUUGUGUGCUUGUCCUGCCGCGCUCAACCCCUGCGGCCGCUGCGUUACAGCAACUCUCUGUGUAGCAGCGUGCUGAUUUGUGCAGCGCAAAGCACAGCGUGCCACCAAUGCCAACUUGAACACCAUUAGCUAGAGUCGUAUCGUUAUCCGUGACAUGUGUACAGGUUAACGAGCCCCAAUCCCGUAAGCACGUUCCACCAAUCCGUCAACAAGACGCGAAAAUUUUUUUUUACCACCGCUACAGAAUUAUAUGGUGACAAGUGGUCAUGCCAAAGAUGCACGGCGUUACUGGAGGUAUCCACGAGAAGAACGUCCAACGAGUGUUGCGAGCUCUGUCGUCCCCGUUCAGUAGAUCGCAACACCGUUUUCCAACUGCGCGUGUGUGUGUGUGUAUGUGUGUGUGUAUGUGUAUGUGUGUGUGUCCGCACGUGUGCGUGUGUGUUUACUAGAGCGCAUGCCUAUAGGUUGUGUGCUUUGUGGAACUUACUUCUAUGGUCUAUGGUGCAUUAUUGAUGUUUUGCUGCGAGUCCGAACAACACGAGUCUUGUGUGUGUGCCUGUGUGUGUGAUCAUUUCAAGUCCACCCUAGUUUGGGGAUUUCAGGGGGUGUCGGCCGUUGGGUGGUUCAAUAGCCAAUUGAGUCAUCUUUCCAAGAUUCCUUUUGAGUCUCUCUCCCCUCUCCCGGAGAGACCCACGUGACCAGUUUUGGCAGUGAGCAAGUACAAGUGUGUGUGUGUGCGCGCGCACGCGCGUGUGUGUUAGCUUUAGUGUCGUGAUGUAGGAGCGGUAUUUACUGUCCGUAUCAUUUUUCGUCUAUUGUUCACCCCCAGUCAAUCACCAUCUAUCGUUUUGUAGAGUUUAUCCGUUCCCAAUUUGGAAGCAUUUUUUUCUCUAAGCAUUUUUAAUUCUCAGAAAUACACGGCAACGAAAUACAUCGA